AUGGCCUGCCCUGGACCACCAGGGGAACGAUUACCACCGCUGGAUACGACGUACUACUUCGAUCAACUCAUCGACCAUGACGACCCGAGCCUAGGGACGUUUAAACAGCGGUACUGGCACACUUGGGAAUUUUAUGAACCGGGUGGUCCGAUCGUUUUAACGACCCCCGGAGAAACGAACGCGGACGGUUAUGAAUCAUUUCUGACCAACGUAACCGUGAACGGGAUGAUUGCUCAACAGCAAGGCGGCGCCACGAUUGUCCUCGAACAUCGCUACUACGGGUACUCCAACCCGUACUCCGACCUCUCGACAGAGAGCUUGCGCUACCACACCAUUCAACAGGCUAUCGACGACCUCGAUUACUUCGCCUACAAUGUCGUGCUUCCCAUGCCGAACGGCGCACACGUCACUCCUGACGAGGCGCCAUGGGUCCUCAUUGGGGGCAGCUAUGCUGGCGCAUUGACGAGCUUCACGAAAGUCAACAAACCAGAUGCGUUCUAUGCUGCUUGGUCGUCUUCCGGCGUUGUUGAGAGCAUCGUCGACCUCUGGGGUUAUUUCGAUGUCGUCCGGACGCAUAUGCCGCAGAACUGCUCCGCCGACGUCCAGGCGGUCAUCGCGCACAUUGAUGAAGUCUUCACCUCCGGCAAUGCAGCAGAUAUCGAACAGAUACAAGACAUGUUCGGUAUGAGCUUGGCCCACCUCGAUGAUUUUGCUGCUGCCCUGCGUGAACCUCUGUUUUGGUGGCAAGACCUCCAGCCGUCGCCAUAUCUCUCCGAGACGGCUUUCUUUGACUUUUGUGACGCUCUCGAAGUCGAAGGAGAUGAGAUUGGUCCCGCAGCGGGGUGGGGUCUGGAUCACGCGCUGAACGCCUGGUCUAGUUACUGGACAGGAACUUACUUGCCUUCAGUCUGUCCAGACGGCGAUGACGAGUCUUGCUUCGGCACGUACGACGCGAGCUCAUCUCGGUACACCGACACCAGUGUCAACAACGCAGAACGUUCCUGGUAUUGGAUUGUGUGCAACGAGAUGGGUUUCUUCCAAGAUGGCGCACCGAAUGACACAGAGACCAUUGUAUCUCGACUGAUUCAGCCCGUCUACGAUGAGAGACAGUGCACGUAUAUGUUCCCCGAGGCCUUUAGCGCGCCUCAAAGCCCUAGGGCGAGUGCGACGAACGAAGCAUACGACGGCUGGUUCGUCCAAGACGACCGACUCUUUUUUGCCAAUGGCCAGAGGGAUCCGUGGCGCGAUGCGACGGUGUCCGCAGACGGCACGAACUUUACGAGCACGGCCAUGCAACCUAUCGCGCUCGGAGACGGGUUCCACGUUUCUGAUCUGUAUGCGGUCAACGGGGAAGCAGACCCGACCAUUGCGUCUGUGCAAGCCCAAGGCUUAGCUGCCAUGAAGGAUUGGCUCGCGGACUGGGAAGCGCCGCAGAAACGGUCGGUCAUCGAGGGUCGCUAG